UUACGUCACAUAACGUGUGGAUCAAUCUCCUCGAGUUCUCAUGCAUUAUCGUAGUUUUUGCUUGGGCACGUAAUAUUUCGUGAGUCGUCAGUAACCUGAGUUGGCGUAAUACACAGUCGUAUAGAGAACGAAUGUUAUUUGAAAAGUGUUUUCCGAGACAAUAUGGAGGAAAUGUUAAUCGAAAAAGUUAGGAGUCGAGUUUUUCUUUAUGACCCGAAGUCACCGGAUUAUAGAGACCAUGAAAAGAGAACUAAUGCAUGGGAAGAGAUUGGGGCGGAACUAAAAAUGAAGCCUAAAAAUGCGAAAGAGACAUGGGAAAAAUUACGGAGAUGUUUCACGAAUGCACUGAAUCGACGACGAAAUAAGAACAAUGGAGAAGGAACGAAAAAAAUGCACCCUUGGAAGUAUGAGAAAGAAAUGUCUUUUCUGUUGCCUUCGAUAGACACUAGAAAUACUCAAAACAAUCUUUUGAUAAAAGAAAUUCAAAAAGAAUCGCUUGUAAAAUUUUUCGAUGAGAUAGGAACAAGAAAAAGCGAUAAUAACAAUUUAGUUGAUACUAGGAAUAUGCUCAAGGAUGAAAUUCUAUCAAAUAAAAAUUCACAAGAUGAACGGAAUGAAAAUGAAUUUUACAAUAUUCAAAGUGAAGCAGAUAUGAACAGUCCAAGCGACAGUAGUAAAAAAAGAAAGCGACAAACGGGAGAUAACUCUAUUAUCCAAACGAUAAAAAUUAAGAAAGAAAAACAAAACAGACAUGACGACGAUAAGAAAUUUUUAAGCCGCGAUUUAGAUGAGACGGACAUGUUUUUCUUGAGCUUGGCCAAAACUACGAAGAGACUUCCUAGUAUAGAGCAGGCUAAAGUAAAACUCAUAGUUAGCCAGACAGUGUUGCAAGCGCAAAUUGCUAUUGGUGAGCAAGAGUUUCGGUCAUCAUCUGUUUCUCCCGUAUCCUACAUAUCAACUCACAGUGAAGCAUCAAACUAAUUAAAUCUGUUUGAUACUUCAAGAAAAUGGUCGAUGAAUAAUGUAAAACUUGAAUAAUUAAUUUUUUUGUUUGAAUAAUAAAUUUUCUUUAUACUCUU